CGGCACGGGCACUUCAGUCUUGUACUCGAUCGAGGAAUAGUCGCUGUCGGUUUAAGCGAGCAAAAAUUUUUGUGUAAAUCUGUUCACUGAGAAAAAAAUAAGUACACACAGCUACCGUGGCGGAAUAUAACGAUCGUUUUCUUGUGUAUUAGUCGGUGAGAGUGAUAUUUUGAAAUAGAGCCACAAAAAUGUCAGACAGAAAGGCUGUGAUCAAGAAUGCUGACAUGGCAGAGGAGAUGCAGCAGGAUGCUGUUGACUGUGCAACUCAAGCCCUUGAAAAAUACAAUAUAGAAAAGGACAUUGCAGCUUUUAUUAAGAAAGAAUUUGAUAAAAAGUAUAAUCCAACGUGGCAUUGUAUCGUAGGACGUAAUUUUGGAAGCUACGUGACACAUGAAACAAGACAUUUUAUCUAUUUUUACCUGGGUCAGGUAGCGAUCCUCCUCUUCAAGAGUGGAUAAAUCGGAAUCUAUUCUAUAAUCACCAUCCUUUCUUCCUCCUUUCACACAAGUUACAUGGAAUACCUUUAGUCAC